AUGGCAGAAGGCAAGGAGAUUAUCCACUUACAUGAACUGCUCGCCAUUGAGACGAACAAUACCUGCUUUGACUGCGGAUCGGUGGGUCCGACCUGGGCGUCACUAUCUCACGGAAGUUUCAUAUGCCUCACCUGUUCAGGCAUCCACAGGGGUUUUGGGCUUCAGGUCAGCUUCGUUAAGAGCAUAACCAUGGAUUCCUGGACCACGCGCCAGCUGCUGUACAUGAAGCACGGAGGAAACGCUAACCUGAAGUCGUUUUUCGACGAAUAUAAGAUCAUGGACCUGCCGAUAACGUCCAGAUACAAAACUGAGGGCGCCGCCUACUACAGAAGAAGACUGAGGGCCAUUGUUGACGGCACGCCAAUACCGCCGGCUCUGGACCCGGCGAUUGCGCUCCAGCCCGAGUCCCAGAUAUCAGACUACUACAACAGCGCGACUCCCGAGCCCGUGAUGGCGCCAGAGGAGAUGAAAAGACCGCCUUCGAAGAAGGGCCUUCCCUACUCCUCAUCGAAUUUUGUGCAAAGCGAUGUGUUCAACUCACUAGGAUCGACGCUGGGAUCCUUUGUCCAGUCGGCGUACGCGAAUGCCGAAAAGGCGGUGUCAGACAUACAAUCGAGUCACGUGUUUGAUAAUGCCAAGGGGGUGCUGGAAACGAGUAAAGUUUGGUUCAAAGAUAAGAGUAAGAAGCUGGCGACCCAAGUGCAGGACCCGGAUUGGUGGGAGGAGAAGGAGAUGAAGGCGAAGGUGGGAGCCCAGAAGGUGGCAACGCAGCUGACGCACGCCGCGAGCAACGCAUCCGAGUGGUUUCAACGCAUAGUGACGGGAAUACCAGUAUCGUCGCAGAGUCCACACGCCUCAUUUGACGACGGACAGCCCAGUGGACUGUCGACCCAGCCAGUUGGAGUGAGCGGAGGAGCAUCGCUGUGGAGCAGUCAGACUAAAGAUUUAGACGACGAUCCAAUGAUGGGACCAUUUAAAAAAUCCUCAUUCAAAAAGGGCGCAGAACCAGAGAGCUGGCUGUCAGGACUGUUUGAGGUUACAAAGAUAACUAUGUUGACAAGAUACGAAGUUGUUGAUUUAAAUGAAGCAUAA